CCGAUGAUCAAGCAUAAUGGCCAGUAAAUAAUAGCUCAGGAACGCGCUUGCGGUCGGCUUGCCCCACUCCGGCGGCCGUUUUCCAGAAGCAAAAAAUUGUACCCCACGUCAUGGUUCCAAGCUGUAUUGUACUGUGUUGCCCCCCCGCGCCUUUUCCUUGUCGAUAAGGUUUUGGAAGGCAGGCAGGUCUGUCCAGAAGCCAGUGCAACACCAUUCACCCCAUCUUCCACUCCAAUCGGUCGCCUUGAGCUUUCAGCUGAGCCCUCUCGAGCCCUCCCGAGUCCUUCAUUUCUUAUUCCGAGACUUACCCCGCCGAGACCGCCAGCUACUCCGAUCCUACCUACCUCACCUCACCUCCCUCACCCCCCGCCAUCUCGGCACCGCAGAGCUUGAGCGAACAAUAUGACGUCUGGUGGUGUCCCGCCGACACCUCUACCGGGGAAGAAGAGGAGAAUUGGAGUGCUCACCUCCGGAGGUGAUGCACCUGGCAUGAAUGGAGCCGUGCGUGCAAUAGUGCGCAUGGCAAUCCAUUACGAGUGCGAAGCCUUCGCCAUCUACGAAGGCUACGAUGGUCUCGUCAAGGGAGGCGAUUUGAUUAGGCCAAUGGCCUGGGAGGACGUUCGAGGUUUCCUGUCCGAGGGUGGCACACUGAUUGGCACAGCACGAUGCAAGGAGUUCAUGCAGCGGCCGGGUCGCCUCCAAGCCGCGAGAAACCUGAUUUCAAAGGGCAUCGAUGCUCUGAUUGUCAUCGGUGGUGAUGGCAGCUUGACGGGAGCCGACGUCUUCCGAGCAGAGUGGCCUGGCCUCCUGGAAGAACUGGUGUCCUCGAGCCAGCUCUCGGAGCAGGAUGUCGAGCCCUUCAAGCAUCUCAACAUUGUCGGCCUUGUAGGCUCCAUUGACAACGACUUGUCCAUGACCGACGCCACCAUCGGCUGCUACACAUCCCUCACCCGCAUCUGUGAGGCAGUGGACAGCGUAGACACCACGGCCACCUCCCACCAGCGCGCUUUCAUCAUCGAAGUCAUGGGGAGGCACUGCGGUUGGCUGGCCCUCAUGGCGGGCGUGGCGACGGGUGCCGACUUCAUCUUCAUUCCAGAGAACCCAUGCCAGGAGACCUGGGCUGAGGACUUGUGCGCAACCGUCCAGAAGCACCGCAAGUUGGGCAAGCGGAAAACUAUUGUCAUCAUUGCUGAAGGCGCAAUAGACGAGAAACUCAAUAAGAUAACGCCGAACAUGGUCAAGGACAUCUUGUCGAAUCAAGCGAAGCUAGAUACACGAGUAACAACCCUGGGGCAUGUUCAGAGAGGAGGGACGCCGUGCGCAUACGAUCGUAUGCUUGCGACGCUCCAAGGUGUUGAUGCCGUGAAGGCGGUUUUGGAAUGCACGCCCGAUAAACCGAGUCCGGUAAUCUGCAUUGUAGAGAAUAAGAUUUGCCGACGUCCGCUCGUUGAAGCUGUAGCACAGACGAAAGAAGUCGCGGUUGCCAUCAACAACAAGGAUUUCGAAAAGGCCAUGCACUUGCGGGACGCAGAGUUCCAAGAAUACUACAAUGCCUACAAGAUCACCACGGCAGCCGAUCAGCCACAUCUCAUGCUGCCACCCGAGAAGCGGAUGCGGAUCGGUAUCAUCCACGUCGGCGCUCCAGCAGGUGGCAUGAAUGCUGCAACCCGUGCGGCUGUGGCAUACUGUUUCGCUCGUGGACACACCCCUGUGGCCCUGUACAACGGCUUCCCUGGCCUCAUUAGGCACCACAGCGAUAAGCCCCUCGGUGCGGUGCGUGACAUUGCUUGGGCGGAAGCCGAGUCGUGGUCCAGCAAGGGCGGCUCUGAAAUCGGAACGAACAGAGGGCUUCCCUCUGAGGAUCUGGAAACCGUCGCAUAUGUGUUUUCGACCUACAACAUUCAGGCGCUCUUCGUCGUGGGCGGCUUCGAGGCCUUCACUGCCGUCAGUGAGCUGAGGAAGGGUCGCGAACAUUACAAGGCCUUCAAGAUUCCAAUGGUCAUCCUGCCGGCUACCAUCUCGAACAACGUUCCUGGGACGGAAUACUCGAUUGGCUCCGAUACGUGCUUGAAUGCACUUAUCCAGUAUUGCGACGCGUGCCGCCAGUCUGCGUCGGCAUCACGGCGGCGAGUCUUCGUCAUCGAGACCCAGGGUGGUAAAUCAGGUUACAUCGCUACCUUGGCCGGCCUCUGCAUCGGCGCGCUCGCAGUCUAUACCCCAGAAGAAGGAAUCAACAUCAAGAUGCUAGACCACGAUAUUGACCACUUGCGCAAUGUCUUCCUCCGAGACAGGGGCCAAAACCGCGCCGGAAAGAUCAUCCUGGUCAACGAGCAAGCCUCCAAGGUAUACAGUGUCCAGAUCAUCGCCGACAUGAUCGCCGAAGCUGGCAAAGGAAAGUUCGAGUCCAGGCACGGUGUCCCUGGACACUUCCAGCAGGGCACCACGCCCUCGCCCAUGGACCGCGUCCGUGCCGUCCGCUUCGGCGUCAGGAGUCUCCAGCAUCUGGAGAGCUUUGCGGGCAAAUCGAGGAGCGAGAUUGCGGAAGACCCCUUGUCCACGGCCGUGAUUGGCAUCCAGGGCGCCAAGGUCCUGUUCUCGCCCAUGGAGGUGGUGGAGAAGCACCACACGGACUGGCCGGCGAGGAGGCCGCUGAACGAGUUCUGGAUGGACCUGAAGGAGGUGGUGAAUACGUUGAGUGGCAGGCCGCCUUUAAAGCAGGGGAGUUACUAUGAGUCGCCAAAGGACGCUCACAAACAGAAGGAUGUGAAGGAGUGAAGGAGUGAAGGAGUGGGGUUGGCUUUCUGUAUGCGGAGGUCCGCUGGCGUACCAUGAUGGUAAGGGGUUCACGGCAAUGCAGUCGUUCCGGUUCGGACAUUUGGGGUUUACGACGGGAACGGAGAUUCUGUAGAUGGACGUAUAGGGGUGCCGGGUUUGUGAGAUGUAACAUCUAGGAAUUCAGACUUUCGGUAUCGAAUACAGGGCUUCGCUGCCAUUAUUGGGGUGUGUGCAGGCGGUUUGCGGCGCUCUCGGCAGCGCGUGUAGGAGAUGCUGAUGGUGAGCGACGGGGAUUGGUAGAAUUUAGGCAGCCCUGUAGGUGAAUAGCAUGUGAAUCAUCUGUCGUGUGU